GCAAUCCAAUAGCCACACAAGAGGUGAGAAAGUGGAGCCUGCUAAUAAUGUGCUGUCUCAACACUCAUCAAGUAUUUUAUACUCAAAUCUAUUCCCUUAUCCACACAACCCCCCCCCUCUUCCACUCAUUUUAUUGUCUAUAUUUACCUUUCUUUCCUUUCUUCUUCUUCUUUCUCCACCCAUUUUCCCCACUUCUCUCAAUACAAAGACCAGAUUUUUCUGUUUGUCAUUCCAAGUUUUCUUUUUGAUUAUUUGGACUAGUUACCUGCUUUGGGUUUUCUUGAUUUCUGCAGGCAUAAAGUUUUGGUUUUUAGUCUGAAUCGACCCUUUUAGCAUACCAGGGUAUUUUUUAAAUCUUGAAAAGUUAAGUUCUCUCACCAAAAAGCUUCAAGACACUAUUUUUCCUCUUUUUCUUGGGUGAAACUCAAAAGGGUAUGUCUUAAAUCAGAGUUGAGUAAUAAAGAUGAAGAUCCAGUGUGAUGUGUGUGAGAAAGCUCAAGCUACUGUGAUUUGCUGUGCUGAUGAGGCUGCUUUGUGUGCAAAAUGUGAUAUUGAAGUUCAUGCUGCUAAUAAAUUGGCAAGCAAGCACCAAAGGCUUCAUCUUCAGUGCCUCUCCAACAAGCUUCCUCCUUGUGAUAUUUGCCAAGAUAAAACAGCUUUCAUCUUCUGUGUUGAGGAUAGAGCUCUCUUUUGCAAAGACUGUGACGAAGCAAUUCAUUCAGCCAGCAGCCUUGCUAAAAACCACCAACGCUUCUUAGCCACUGGGAUCCGUGUAGCCUUGAGCUCAAGCUGCAAUAAGGAUGCUGUAAAAACCCAGCUGGAGCCACAACCACCUCAACAGAAUUCCCAUCAAGUUGGCUUAAAAAUGCCUCCACAGCAAUUGUCCGGUAUCACAUCACCAUCUUGGCCUGUUGAUGAUUUACUAGGAUUUCCAGAUUAUGAGUCGAGUGACAAGAAGGAGCUACUUGAGCUUGGUGAAUUUGAGUGGUUGGGAGACAUUGAUCUCUUUGGUGAACAAACAGCAGCUGAAGUACCCGAGCUAUCAGUACCUCAGUCGAGCAAUACAAAUAAUUACAGGCCAACCAAAUAUCACAUGCCUUACAAGAAGCCCAGAAUUGAAAUCCCAGAUGAAGAUGAGUAUUUUACCGUCCCAGAUCUUGGUUGAACUGCAACCUCAAGAAGUUCCUAGUUAAACGUUUGUGUGCUUGCAUGUAGUACUUAAUCAGUGCACUCAAUACUGUCAACAGAUAUGUUCAGUAAAGUAGAAGAAAUAUUAUUCUGCUUAAGAUAAUCUUAAUCUUUGCUUACUUUCGCAGUGCACUCGUAUUGUCAACAUAUAUGUUCAGUAAGUAGAGAAAACACUGUUUUGCUUAAGAUAUCCUUUAAUCUUGUUUA